AUGAAUGACUCAACUAAGCAGGUGCAGAUACAUGGAGAAGGCAACAAGAACAAAAGUGGAGAGGAAUUGAUCACUAACAACAACAGGACAACCCAGGAAAAGGCAAACGAAGUGGCAACAAUCGAAAGAAAAUUACAAAUAGAACAGAAGAAUGAUAAGAGGGAGGAAUGGAAAGAGGCAGUACAAUCUCUGGAAGAUCUAGAUUUAACAGUUAACACUGAACAAUCUAGAGAAGAUUUAAACAAAGCACAAGUAGAGUAUGUCAGAUGGAUGGCUAUACAAGAAUCUCUUCUAAAACAGAAAACCCAAGUCAGAUGGUUUAAGAAAGGUGACUGUAAUAGUAGGUGCUUCAGCAAUGUCAUUAAAGACAAGAGGAGAAGGAUGCAUCUUCACAAAAUAAAGAACCAUAUAGGUAAUUGGAUCCAAGGGGAAGAGAGAAUUGCCAAAGCUGCAGUGAGGCCUUUUCAGAAGAUAUUCAACCUUGCCCUUGUCAAUGUAGACGAGAAUGUUUUGAAUUGCAUCAAGGAAUUUAUCACUGAAGAAGACAAUCUACAACGAUCACAAGUUCCUGAGGAAAGUGAAAUCAAAGAUACUAUUUUUGAUAUGAGUGGUACAAGUUCCGCAGGACCAGACAGAUUUAAUGGGAUCUUUUACCAGAAGUGUUGGGGCAUUAUCAAAGAAGAUGUGGUUAAAUUGGUUCAGAGCUUCUUCAAAGGGAAAAUACUAACUAAGUUCUACGCUCAUACAUGUCUGGUAUUGAUUCCAAAAGUACAGUCUCCUUCCAACUUUGCAUAA